CCUAGCGGCCUAAGUGAGCAGAGGACGGGCAGCGGACACCCAGGGUACCUCUUUGGGGCCAAGGAAGGAGCGCAAACCUGAGAAUCAUGCCAAGGCUCCCCCCUGUCCUGAAGCUGCUCCAAGCUUCUGUGAAGUCUACAGUGGUUCCCAAAGCCCAUAUCUCUGCCAGAGUAGCCAAAGCCCCCACUUCCGCUAUGGAGCAGGCUGUGGGAAUCACGGUCAUAUUCGUCAGCCUCUUGGUUCCUGCAGGAUGGGUCUUAUCUCACUUGGAGAGCUAUAAGAAAAGCUCCACAGCAUGAAGUGGCAGAGCCCUGAAAGAUUAAACUCUUCCAUCUAC